UGUCUGUGUGACAUGACUGCUUCUCUGAAAAGGCAAUUACAUAAAUGCAGUGUCAAAAUCAAGGGGACAGCAGCCAAGCUCGUCAUGUUUUGUUACAUGGUGUUGUGUAUGAGAAUUCAUAAGCCCCGGCAUCUUACAGGAAAUAUAUAUUCUUAGGUUACAAAUGGAUCUGUUUUUUUACCACAGGCAGGAAAAUAUCUUGUGAGUACCAUGGUCCCAAGGAUCGGAAGGCAACUGUAGUUUUAGAUCUGUGGAGAUGAGGUUUUGGAAUCAGAAAAAUGUCAAUCAUACCUAUCUUGAAGUGUUUUGAUUAAAUGGACAUAUUACAUGGUCACAGCAGGUGAAUGAUUGGAAGAAUGCCCCCUGGAAUGAGCUAUGCUCCAGACAUCUGGGCAGAAGAAGAAAGGGCAGAUGUGUUAGUGGACUUCCUGCUACCUACUGGAAUUUAUCUGAAUUUUUAUGUACCUCGUAGUGCACCUAUUAGCAACAUUAAAAAGCUCCUUUGGCAACAGGCACAAAACGAACCCCUUUUUCACAUUUUAAACAGCCCAGAUGCCUAUGUCUUCACCUGCAUCAACCACAUUGCAGAGCAAGAAGAGCUGGAAGAUGAGCAGCGACGCCUCUGUGAUAUCCGGCCUUUCUUAUCAUUCCUGCGACUCGUACCAAGAGAAGGAGACAGAGUCGAGAAAGUUAUCAGUUCCCAAAUCAGUACACUUACUGGCAAAGGUGUACAUGAGUUUGCUAGUCUUCAUGAUCCAGAAGUGAACAAUUUCCGAAAAAAGAUGCGCCAGUUCUGUGAAGAAAAGGCAGCUAGUAAGCAAAAGAUGAACUGGACAGACUGGAUAAGGUACAACUUUCCUUGUGAGCUAGAACCCACUGACAAACUGCCAGAAACAUCCAUUUCCCAAGCAGCCAGUAACAUCAUCGUCAAUGUCAAGUUCGAAUCUAGUGAAGAAAGCUUUAUGCUUCAGGUUCCACUGAAAGCUUUUCCCUUAAUGGUAAUGCAGCUUGCUGUGAAAAAGAAACUCAACAUCUUUCGGCAGCAAAGACAAGAAAACCCAGAGGACUAUACUCUUCAAGUGAAUGGAAGAUGUGAAUAUAUCUAUGGGAAUAAUCCGCUCUGCCAGUUUAAGUACAUCAUUACCUGCCUUCAUAGUGGAACAACUCCACACUUAAUUAUGGUACAUUCCAAUACGAUAAUUGCAAUGAAGGAAGAACAGAUUGCUCAAAGUACUCAUCUAACAAAACCUCGUCCAAAACCUCCACCAGUCCCAGCAAAAAGGCCCCCCCAAGCAGCGUGUUCAUCAUCAUUGUGGCAACUGGACCAGCCUUUCUACAUUGAACUGAUUCAGGGCAGCAAAGUGAAUGCAGAUGAAGGAAUGAAGCUAAAUUUUGAAAAGAUGGAAAACAUGAAAGGACUCCUAACAAAAUCUACUUUGGACUCUGAUGCUAUGUUGGAGCUGAAAUGUGAACUCAAGCUGGUUGUCACAGCAGGACUGUUUUUUGGCAGUGAACAGCUUUGUAAAACAGUAUCAAGUUCAGAGGUCAAUUUGUCAUCAGAACCUGUAUGGAAUCAGAAACUGGAAUUCGACAUCAGUUUCUGCGAUAUACCCCGUAUGGCACGCCUCUGUUUUGCUUUGUACGUUGUGGUUGAAAAAGUUAAGAAAUCCCGCUCUACAAAGAAAAAAUCAAAAAAGGCUGACUGUCCCAUAGCCUGGGCAAACACAAUGGUGUUUGACUACAAAGACCAGCUCAAAACAGGAACAUGCAUUCUUUACACUUGGCCAUCGGUACCAGAUGACAAAGGAGAAUUAGUGAAUCCCAUGGGAACUGUACAGAACAACCCCAACACAGAAGGUGCUACAGCCAUUAUGAUCACUUUCCCAAAGGUCUCCAAGUAUCCUGUUUAUUAUCCUUCCUUUGAAAAGAUCCUUGAGAUCGGUAAAAAUGGUGAAAAUGUAAAGCCAGUACCUGAAGAGCUACAGCAGCUGAGAGAGAUUCUGGAGAAGAAGAGUUACACUGAACUGUACGAGCAUGAAAAGGACCUGUUAUGGAAACUGAGGUUUGAAGUUCGAGAACAAUAUCCAGAUGCUUUGGCAAGACUAUUAAUGGUUGCAAAAUGGAAUAAACAUGAAGAUGUUGCACAGAUGAUAGUUCUCAUGCGUUCUUGGCCAGAAUUACCAACAUUGAAUGCACUGGAACUGCUGGACUACAGUUUCCCUGAUCGCUAUGUUAAUGAAUUUGCAGUUUCAUGUUUAAGAAAACUAAGUAAUGAUGAACUUUUCCGUUACCUGCUGCAACUAGUACAAGUACUGAAGUAUGAAUCCUACCUAGACUGUGAAUUAACAAAGUUUUUGUUGGAGCGGGCACUGGCCAACAAAAAAAUUGGGCACUUCCUUUUUUGGCAUCUAAGAUCAGAACUGCAUGUUCCUGCAGUUGCCCUACGAUAUAGUCUCAUUCUAGAAGCCUACUGUAGGGGCAGUAUUCAUCAUAUGAAAAUAUUACUAAAACAGACCUGUGCUCUUUCCAAAAUGAAAGCAUUGAAUGACUUUGUAAAGGCCAGUUUGUUAAAGUCUCCCAAGCAGACCAAAGACGCAAUGCACAUAUAUAUGAAGCAAGAUACCUACCUUGAUGCCUUAUCCAAUCUUCAGUCUCCUCUCAACCCUAAUAUUAUGCUUCUGAACUUAAGUGUGGAUCAAUGCAAGUUUAUGGGAUCCAAAAUGAAACCAUUGUGGCUUGUGUACAACAGUCAGAAAGAGAAUGAAAAGGAAGGGGCUGAGAGCGUUGGUGUCAUUUUCAAAAAUGGGGAUGAUCUUCGACAAGAUAUGCUGACACUUCAGAUGAUUCAACUGAUGGACAUUCUGUGGAAGCAAGAAGGGAUCGAUCUGAGAAUGACUCCAUAUGCAUGUCUAUCCACUGGCGAUAGAACUGGGCUGAUCCAAGUGGUCAUGAAGUCCGACACCAUUGCCAACAUUCAGCUCAACGAAGGGAGCUACGUCGCUACAGCAGCACUGAAGAAAGAUGCGUUACUCAACUGGUUAAAAGUCAAAAAUCCUGGAGACGCACUGGAAAAAGCGAUCGAAGAGUUCACUCUGUCUUGCGCUGGCUACUGUGUAGCUACUUAUGUCCUCGGAAUUGGAGAUCGGCACAAUGAUAACAUUAUGAUCAAGGAAACUGGCCAGCUAUUCCACAUAGACUUUGGGCAUUUCCUUGGAAAUUUUAAGGAGAAAUUUGGCAUCAAAAGGGAGCGUGUACCUUUCAUCUUAACCUACGAUUUUGUUCAUGUGAUGCAGCAAGGAAAAAACAACAACAGUGAAAAAUUUGAAAGAUUUCGAAACUACUGUGAAAAAGCUUACAUGAUUCUCAGGAAACAUGGAACCCUUUUUGUCAAUCUUUUUGCACUGAUGAGGGGUGCAGGUCUGCCUGAGCUCAGCUCUACUAAGGAUAUUCAGUAUCUCAAGGAUGCCUUAGCAUUAGGAAAGACUGAAGAGGAAGCCCUUAAACACUUCAGACUGAAGUUCAAUGAAGCUCUUCGGGAAAGCUGGAAAACUAAACUAAACUGGACAUUCCAUAAUGCAAAUAAAGAAGCAAGGUAAAGAAAGCUUUGGUCAGGCCACAAUCCUCCCAGCAUGUCCCUCUGCUCCUGUCAUGAGACGAAGCCGUCUUUAUACCUGCAAAUCAGAAGCAAAUUCACCCUCUUCUGGAUUUCAUAUUCCUUCUACUUCUGCUCAGAUCACAUGUCUCCUUCCUGGUUACCCAAGUCGACUUAUUUUGUGACAUCAUCAUCACCAUCAUCCUUCCUGGUUACCCAAGUCGACUUAUUUUGUGACAUCAUUAUCACCAACAUCCUUCCUGGUUAUCCAAGUCGACUUAUUUUGUGACAUCAUCAUCAUCACCAUCAUCCUUCCUGGUUACCCAAGUUGACUUAUUUUGUGACAUCAUCAUCACCAUCAUCCUUCCUGGUUACCCAAGUCGACUUUGUGACAUCAUCAUCACCAUCAUCCUUCCUGGUUACCCAGGUCGACUUAUUUUGUGACAUCAUUAUCGCCAACAUCCUUCCUGGUUAUCCAAGUCGACUUAUUUUGUGACAUCAUCAUCACAAUCAUCCUUCCUGGCUACCCAAGUCGACUUAUUUUGUGACAUCAUUAUCACCAACAUCCUUCCUGGUUACCCAAGUCGACUUAUUUUGUGACAUCAUCAUCACCAUCAUCCUUCCUGGUUACCCAGGUCGACUUAUUUUGUGACAUCAUCAUCACCAUCAUCCUUCCUGGUUACCCAAGCUAACUUAUUUUGUGACAUCAUCAUCACCAUCAUCUUGUUACAACAUGGGGGUUAACAAUGAACAUACUGCUUGAGACAAUGCCUGUGAUUUGGUCAGCCAAAAUUCCUUUAAUGGCAGAGAGCCUUCUACAUAAACAAUGCAUAAAUAAAAAAAAUAAAAUAGUUUUUAAACACUG